AUGUUGAAGUUAAUCGAUGGAUUUAAGGUUACCUUGGACGUUGAAUCUUAUCAUGCAUCCAAUUCAGCGGAAAGAUUAAAUAUCAUGAAAGAUCAUCCAGAUACUAUACCAACUCACACAACAAACCUAAACAUCUCAAUUCCUACUAUUGGUCCCAGUCAAAACAACGGUGUACAAUAUACCUACUUUGAUCUUCAGCCAACACCACAUCUCAAAGAUGGCUGGGGGCAUAAGUAA